CGAACCCUUCCUUCUUAAUUAUAAACAUGUACGAUGCUCCUCUGACUCAUGCAGAUUCUUUUGCACAGUUAUCAGGUAUCCUCAUCAUCCUCGCUCCAUUGAAGAUACCUUUGGAUUCGAAAAACUUCGAGCCGGUCAUUUCGGAGAGCACUUUACUCUUUCCUUCAUGUCAAGAUAUAGUUUCUUCGUUCUCUGUUCUUUUGAUUUCGACCAGUGCUCACGUCAUAUUCUAAAUCUGAAUUCAUCGGAAAGAGGGAUGACUCAAACUCAAGACCUUGGUUUGAAUUGAUUGAUAACUGAUGAUUCAUGAACAUGCUUGACGAGUCACGACUACAGCUGAAUUACCUUGGUUUACCCUCCCCUGAUAAAAGCGGUCCAGAACGUCCGAGUGUCACUCGUCCAAAAAAUCCUUCCAUCUCUUCCUCGGUUUAUUCACAAUGUCGCUUACCACCCUAAUGCCUCAAAGGAACAGCGUCAGACGUUGGCUCGACAAAAAAAUCGCCAAACUAGACGCCAACCCAACAUCUCCAGAUGACUGGCAUCCGGUCAUUCAGGAGUUUCUUACACUUAUCGAGGGAGAUCCCAUCCUAUCCAUGGACUGCGAUGAUAUGUUCAAGCAAAUACCUGAUAAAUCGCGUUUUGACUGGAGUCCGGAGGAGGUACCUCAAGUUCGCGACUACAAACACAUGCUUUCCCUCUUUGAUCACAUCCUGAACUGUUCACCAGAGUGGGAAGAUAACUCUAUGGUAUGCUACCCAAUGCAAGCCAUACUGGACUGGCCCCUACACACCACCGCCGGCCAAGCGGUGUUUUCCAACCCCUUGGUCAAUGCACAAUUCAAAAAGGUCUUCAACGUCUGGGCUGAAUACCUGUCUUCAUGCGAUUCCACCUACGUAUUGACGAAAGACGAUAACGGUUGGUUGGGCCCGUCUGCUAUCGGCGAACCCUCCGCUGACUUUGAAACAACUUUCGUAUGCGAUCCGACGGACAAACAUUACGGUUUCAAAUCUUGGGAUGAUUUCUUCACUCGAAAAUUCCGUCCUGGUGCUCGUCCUAUCGCUGAGCCCGAUAAUGACGCGGUCAUUACCAAUUCCUGCGAGUCCAUUGUAUACAGGAUCAGCCAGAAUGUCCAAGCAAACGACAGGUUCUGGUUAAAGAACCAACCGUACUCCCUUGAACAUAUGUUUAAUCGUGAUCCCCUCACGCCUCUCUUCGUAGGAGGUACAGUCUAUCAGGCGUAUCUCACCUCGAAGAGCUAUCAUCGAUGGCACAGUCCUGUGAGCGGCGUCGUGACCAAGGUCGUUCACAUCCCCGGCUCGUAUUUUCGUAUUUACCCUACGGAGAUCCCUGACGACAGACCAGAUGAUCUGGGACAAACCGUCUGCUCACAUGCUUCGACUGUGUUGAUCUUUAUGGAGGGGGAUCAUCCCGGUGUCGGGUUAAUGUGCGUCAUGGCUGUUGGGAUGAUAGAAGUAUCGACUUGUGAAGUCACCGUUCAAAAGGGAGCGAGGAUACGUAAAGGAGACGAAUUAGGCUCUUUCCACUUUGGUGGAUCGACUUACUGUCUGGUGUUUCGACCGGAGACUGAGCUUGUGUUCUCUAUCAAAACCGGGGACAAAGCACUCCUCAAUACGAAGAUCGCACAAGCUGUAUGAUUUUAGUGAGUAAUAGUUGUGGGUAGCUGUGUAUAGAGUUAGUACUAGCGGGUUAUGCGAUCUCGAUAAUUGCUUUACUAAAGCACACAAAAUAGCCCGU